AUGGCUGCGGCCGCGGCGGCUCGACCUGUGCAGGUCGCACGUAAUCGUCGCGAUGGUGUGCCACGUACCGGAGGUGUCAAAGGAGGCACUGCAAACUCAGAAAAGACCAAUGGACAUGGAUCGGCUUCGAUGGGCCAAGGGCAGCCCAGUAAUAAGAGAAGGAAGCUUACUGUUGAGCCCCAUGUUCGCACGCAGGAUUACAUCUUGAAUAAAUACAAGGGCAAGCCAGUCUCGAUGACUGUCCAUCUGCAUCAGACAUAUUUCCGCUUUGAAAACCAGGAGGGCAGUUGGGCAUACGACUCGCCCAUGCGAUUCGUUGUUCAGCACUUGCGCCAGCAGACAAUACCUCAUGGCCUCAUGGAAGAGCUUCUGGACGCGCGCGUGCCUUUCUAUGAUGGUUGUCUCAUUGUAGAGGUCCACAACCACAGACAAUUUAAUGGCAAGGACAAAGCAAGGCCAGAUUCGGCUAUUGGGAACGACCAGACCAAGUUCUCCAUGAACAACUUCACGAACUAUAUCACUCCAUCCCCUUUCGCGCCAUACCCACAAGCAGCCAAAGUCGAGGAUGCCACGAAUAAACCCGCGACCCAAGAAGCGACAAAAUCGGAACAGCGCAAAGGAAGCAAAGAGCAGAGCGGUCCUCACGUCUCGACGAUAGUCCUACACCCGACCACACUAUCCAGGCAUAAAGAAAUCGAGCUUGCCGCGAGGACACGCGCCGUCGAUCUCUUGGGAUCGAGCGCGGAGCAAUCUACGCCAUCGAAUGCCGUGACUUCGGGAGCAUCGCGUACAUCCCCUGCUGCCGGCAAUAGAAUGAUUGUGGACGCACAGAACGCAUACGAAUUCGAAGCAAAACUGCUCUUAUACACUGAGCCUCCCUUGUUUCUGGAGCCUGUGAGCCAUCCCGAGCAAGCACAGAAAGUAUUGGAUCUUCUUUCGAACCCCUUGCAUGACAACAAACCGCCUUCGCCGAAGGUCCGGAAGAGAACUACCGCGCAGAUGGCCGCGGACGAUGCGCAAGCAGCAGAGGCUGAGCGCAGAAUGCUCAUGAUGGACGAACGUAUCAAACCUUCGGUAGGAGCUGGCGCUACUACCAGUGAGAGUCAGGGCGCUGCCGCAUCACUCGGAAUCUCACGAUUCAAAACCAUACAGAUGGCAAAGGAGAAGAUCGCAGAGCAGGAAACGCUCAAGAAAGCCGAGGAAGCGCAAGCAGCCGCUAAACGACGGCAACAAGAAGAAGCUCACGCAGAGAACCUACAACGACAACAGCAGCAAAAAGAAGAAGAGGAGCGACGCCGACAAACUCUUAUGCAGAGGACAGCCGAUGCGCGCGUUCAGAAGGCAGCGCAGCAAGCACAUGCUCUUGCAGCUAGUCAGGCCAAGCAAGCCCAGGCCCAGGUCAUGGCGGCGCAGCAACAACAGCAAGCCCAGAUGAAUCAUGCUCUCGCAGCACAAACAGCUCAAAACAAUCUGCUUGCUCAACAUCAAAGCAAUCUUCAACAUGGUAUGGUCGCUCAGAACAGCCCGAUCGUCAGGCAGCAAACACCCAUGGUCAAUUCAUCUCCAAUGAUGCCGCAGGGCUUCCCCGCGAGUGCUGCGAGUCAAGCCGCAGGUAGUCCACCGAGGCCUGCGUCAGCAACAAUGCCGCAUCCCAUGGUACGCCAGGCUAGCCAGCAGCAAGUCGCUAGUCGACACGGCACGCCACCGGUCCCUCAAGGCACUCCAAGCAUGCAAGCUCAGACAAUGGCAAACCGAGCCGUAUCCCAGACACCGCGCGCGACACAAGCAAGUCCAGUACCUGGAACGCCCGUUGUGCCCGGUGCUGCCAUGCCGAACAUAAUAGCCGCAAAUCGCUUCACGCCAGAACAGUUGCUCAUGAUGCAGCAUCAAAAGCAGAGCAUGAUUAACCGUGGAAACGUGGGUCCGGGAACUCCAGGCCUUGAGCAGAGUCCCAUGACCCCACAGCAAAUUCAGAUGGUCAUGAAUCGCAAUCUCCAGAAUCAGCAGAUGCUGAUAGCGCAAGCUAAUGACCCCAGUAAUCCACAAGCUCAAAAUCAAGCACGCAUGAUUCUCAGUCGUCAUAUGCAGCAGCGGGCCACGUUGAACGCGCAGAGAUUGCAGGCUGCCAACCCCAAUGCCGGGCUUCAAGGAGCACAACAAGUGGCUCAGGCUCAAGCUCUCGCACAAGCGCAGGCGCAGGCGCAGGCGCAGGCGAGUGGUAUGAAUGAGCAGCUGCGGCAGCAACAGUUGCAACAGGGACAGCGCGAAGUCCAACAACUGGUCCAGCAAUUCGGAAACAUAUCUCAAAUACCUCAGCAAAUGCUCAGUCAACAUGCUAAGUUUUUCCUGGUGCAAAGGCAGCAGGCUCAACGAAGUCAAAUGUUGGCUAGACAGGCACAACACGCGCAAAGCACCGGUCAGACUGUGGCCGGUGGCGCAGGAGGAAAUCCGGAGUACAUGCAGCAGCUACAGCAGCAGGCCAUGCUACUUCAGCAACAACAACACGCCCAGCAGCAGCAGCUACAGCAGCAGCAACAACAGCAGAGCGGUACGAACCCUGUAGCGAGCGCACAGAUUCAAGGCAUGGCAAUGGGAAUGGGCAACAUGGGAAUGAUGGGCAUGAACAACAUGCAGCAGCAAUUCGGCACUGCCGGGCAACAACAACACGACUUCACCCAGCAAUUUGCGGCAAUGCAAAAUGCCCUGAACCAAUCGAAUCGGCAGCAGAACGGCAUGCAGUAG